CACCCCCCCGGUGACGUGCCCUGGGUGUCCCCCUGUGCCCCCAGGAGGUAAAUACGUGCCCAGGGCCAUCCUGGUGGACCUGGAACCCGGCACCAUGGACUCCGUUCGCUCCGGACCCUUCGGCCAAAUCUUCCGCCCCGACAACUUCGUCUUCGGCCAAAGCGGCGCCGGCAACAACUGGGCCAAGGGUCACUACACGGAGGGGGCGGAGCUGGUGGACUCGGUGCUGGACGUGGUGCGCAAGGAGGCCGAGAGCUGCGACUGCCUGCAGGGCUUCCAGCUCACCCACUCGCUGGGCGGCGGCACCGGCUCGGGCAUGGGCACCCUGCUCAUCUCCAAGAUCCGCGAGGAGUACCCCGACCGCAUCAUGAACACCUUCUCGGUGGUGCCGUCGCCCAAGGUGUCGGACACGGUGGUGGAGCCCUACAACGCCACGCUGUCGGUGCACCAGCUGGUGGAGAACACGGACGAGACGUACUGCAUCGACAACGAGGCGCUCUACGACAUCUGCUUCCGCACCCUCAAGCUCACCACGCCCACCUACGGCGACCUCAACCACCUGGUGUCGGCCACCAUGAGCGGCGUCACCACCUGCCUGCGCUUCCCCGGGCAGCUCAACGCCGACCUGCGCAAGCUGGCCGUCAACAUGGUGCCCUUCCCGCGCCUCCACUUCUUCAUGCCGGGCUUCGCGCCGCUCACCAGCCGGGGCAGCCAACAGUACCGCGCCCUCACCGUGCCCGAGCUCACCCAGCAGGUGUUCGACGCCAAGAACAUGAUGGCGGCCUGCGACCCCCGCCACGGCCGCUACCUGACGGUGGCCGCCGUCUUCCGCGGCCGCAUGUCCAUGAAGGAGGUGGACGAGCAGAUGCUCAACGUGCAGAACAAGAACAGCUCCUACUUCGUGGAGUGGAUCCCCAACAACGUGAAGACGGCCGUGUGCGACAUCCCCCCCCGCGGCCUCAAGAUGGCCGUCACCUUCAUCGGCAACUCCACCGCCAUCCAGGAGCUCUUCAAGCGCAUCUCGGAGCAGUUCACGGCCAUGUUCCGCCGCAAGGCCUUCCUGCACUGGUACACGGGCGAGGGCAUGGACGAGAUGGAGUUCACCGAGGCCGAGAGCAACAUGAACGACCUGGUCUCCGAGUACCAGCAGUACCAGGACGCCACGGCCGAGGAGGAGGAGGAUUUCGGCGAGGAGGCCGAAGAGGAGGCCUGAGGAGGGUCGUUGUUGUUGUCGAGCCCCUCGUGUGUCGUCCCGGAGAGCCGAGGGCCGCCGAGCCGCCACGCGGCCCCCGGCAUCGCCGGCGUCCCCCAGCGUUGUCGUCAUCGUCCUCGGUGGCAGCGGAGAGUCCCCAACCUUCACCAUGGACGUUGGAGAGUCGCCAACCUUCAUCGUGGUCAUUGGAGAGUCCCCACAGUCAUUGGAGACUCCCCAACCUUCAUCAUGAUGAUCCUCAAG